AUGCUCACGCCAUACCUCCUAAUGUUGAUUUAUACAUUCUUGAACCUACUCAUUAUCCAAGCGUGGAGGCAUCUUGGUAAGUCCUGGCAGAUUGUAACAUCGUCAUCUCAAUCACAGGAUGGUGCUCGGGUAUGUGCUAGAAUUAUCAAUCCUAGAAUGAUGCCUGAACACGGGUUUCUUGCUGAUUUAUUUACAGAUCAUGAUGCUUUUGGCUGUCGCUGUAUUUCCACACGAAGCAGGAUCACCGACAACUCGUAUCAGUAUUAA